AUGCCACCACAUCUUCACCCCCGUUCCCGGUCAACAACGGGCCUCUUUGCUGGCACCCUGCUCGCGUCUCUCCUGGUUGUCGGCAUGCCACACGUCUUUCCUUGCCCCAGCCCACGUCGAACCUUUGCCGACUCCGAAAUGAGCACCACGGCCGACGGGCAACAAGUCCCACGCAUGCGACGCCGAAGGCGGAGAGAGACGGAGCUGGACUCUGACAUUCCACGUCCCGGUCAACCGACACCAUCCGGCACGGCUGACGAGGAAGUGACUGCUUUCUUCCAGACAGAAGAAGAGGCGGAGAAGUUGACACAUAAUAUUGGCCAUGAGUGUCCGGUACCCAAGCCAAAGGGUGUCAUUGGGGAAUUAUUGGGGUUUCAUAAUGCGCGUGGGAGUGAGCAGCACCGGGUCUCGGCUGAUGGGACUCAAUAG